UUAUUAAAGGCCCAAACGUGUGCCGCCGACGAGAGAGAGAGAAGCAUCGUGGUGCGUAAACAUAAGCCGCAAGUCUCUGAGUCUCUCACGACACCGCCGUUGAAUCUGCAUUCCUCUAUUUACUCUCGUCACGUCCUCCAUUUUUUUGGUUUAUCACGCUUAACCAAGAUCUUGAAUUUGCCGACCUGACCUAUCUAGAGAGUCUUGAUGGUAAAAGCAUACAGACAAGAGCAUGUGUACAAGCAUCCGUGGGAGCGGGUGAGUGCUGCCUCAUGGAGGAAGUUUGCAGACCCUGAAAACAAACGAAUCCUCUCUCACAUCCUUGAAGUCGACACCUUGAACCGGAGACUUGACACUGACACCGGUAAACUACACACCACGCGUGCUCUCACCAUCCAUGCUCCUGGUCCUUGGUUUCUCCACCGGAUCAUUGGCCAGGACAUCUGUCACUGUGUUGAAUCUACUGUUGUCGAUGGCAAAUCACGUUCUAUGCAGCUAACAACAAAGAACAUUAGUCUCAAAAAGUUCAUUGAAGUGGAGGAGAGGAUAAGAUAUGAUCCGCAUCCAGAAAAUCCAUCGGCCUGGACGGUUUGUAGCCAGGAGACGAGCAUUAGGAUCAAACCCUUGUCGGCUCUGGCCUCAAUGGCUGAGAAAGUUGAGCAGAAGUGCGCUGAGAAAUUCAUGCAGAAUAGCGCUAAAGGACGAGAGGUUAUGGAGAGGAUUUGUAAGUAUAUGGAAGCAGAAUCCGCUCCAAUCUAAAAAAAGAUCCAAACUUAUUAGAUUCCAGUAUCUUGGUUUUUGAUUCUUGAAUGUUUUUUUUGUAAGUCAAGAGGGCUCUAUGUUUUUUUGGAUCAUGUUUAAUAAUAAGUUUACAAAACAGUUUAGAAAUCAAGCUGCUGUUUGUUUCAGCAGCUCCUCCUGUUUUGUGUUAACAACUGGAUGUUAAAGCUGAGAAGCUUUUGUCCAAAAUUUUGAAUCUAAAUCCAAAUGGAUGGAGUUUAUAUUUC